UUGGCAGCUGUCUGUUCACUUGUGAUUAGUAGCUGACAAGACAAGAUGGAAUCUGCAGGAAAGCGGCUAGUUGCAAUAUUGUUUCUUGGUGUAUUGCACCAUUCCCAGCAGUUUCUAUUUGGACCUAGCUGUCCAAAUGGUUGGGACAAGCUUACAACAACGUUCAUGAAGUUCAAUAAUGUUCCAAUGACUGAGCAUGGAGCGAUUGCCGAAGGAUGGAAGAAGACGGAUACAAAGUCUUGCGAUGAGCAUUCGUUCUUUGUUGGAAAUCGAUACAUGAAGGACAACGAAAGUGGAAGGAUGGCACUGUAUGAUAGAAAUGGCGUCAUUGCUGGAAUUCAAUCUGCGUUCCCAAGCACAGCUACCUUACCUUCAAGCUACCUUAGCAUGUUCCCAUUGGAAAACGGCAAACGACAUGCAACUGCUUACUUCAACCACCCAUCAACGAUUUGCAAAGCUCCAUCUAUCCCUUCUGGCUGCGUUGGAAAUCAGCUAUACAUUCAAAAUGGCAGCACCCCGCAACACCUUUACCGCGUCCCUCUUCAGGAAUCGGGAAUGAAAGGAACAAAUUGGAAGUUUGGCAAAUGCUUUUAUCAGAUGGGGAAUCAUUAUUGGCACAACAUAAGCUCGAACAUGGACUGCAAUAAUUUCUUUCCCGUCUUCCUUCUUUACAAUGGUGGCAAACUCAACGCAUUUGGCUGGGCUCUUGGUGGUGAUGCUCAAGAUAAGAACUUCGAGCACCCCGAGAGGGCAUACCUUAAGUACUUUUUCCAAGACACCAACAAACCAAAGUGCUUGGAAAACUUCAGCAUGAGAUCGACCUUACAUAUCUACCUGCAAUCAAGCUCACUGAAGUACUUCUGUUGAAGACGGAACAAAGAGCAUGAUAAAACAGUUAUGAUUAGAACUGAAAGUACAUGAUGUUGCUAAUAAAAAUUCAGUUCUUUGCAACAAUGUUGUAUCUUCAUUA